GGUACAUUUGGUUCCACCGACAGGUUUCUCUCCGCGGAUUCAAAACUCUCUUCAAUGAGUGUCGUCUGAAUGGUUGGUUGGUUGGUUGGUUGGUUGGUUGGUUGGUUGGUUGGUUGGUUGGUUGGUUGCUGCUGCUGCUGCUGCUGCUUCCAUAUCCGCGCUUGAUAAGGUUUUCGGCGGCUGCUUGCGCAGCUAUUACAGGCAAACUCCUCCUGACGCCCAUCCGUUGCAGGAAAUAAACAAAGCAAGCGCACGCCAGAGAGUCCGGUGGGGUUAUAAUCAGCUCGCAGACGCGUUGCGAGGCGGGUCAGGAGACACGCGUGUGAAGGCAGGCUCCUUGGAGUUACCGUAUACUGUCGCCUGCCGACGACGAUUGGAGGGAGCUGCGCCGCUUGACCUCGGGGAGGAGGAGCGGCGGCGGCGGCGGCCAGGCAGCAGGCGCCCUCCCUCGCCUUUCCGCCGCCCUUCCUGCGACCAAGCAAGAACCCGAGCCCGGCUCUUCCCCGGGGAAAGGGACCCCCGCCGCCAUGCUGAGGGCUCUGCGGAGGCGCUGGCAGGCCUACAAGUACCGCUUCGUGCCCUGGAUCGCGCUCAACCUCGGCCACAAGCGCAGAACUCUGCGGUUUGUACCAGAAGGCUCUAAAGACAAAAUGGUUUCUGAUGAAGAUGUACUUCAAACACUCCUGAAAACUUUCACAGCUUUAUUUGUAAACGACUUGAGGAGACAAACAUUUCUUCUUAGCUUUCUUCCAAAAGUUAAAUCCAAAUACCUGGACCUGCAGAAAGCUCAGCCUGAGACAAACCAAACAAUUGAUGACAGCCGUCAGAAUCAAAUCAUCUUCAAUCCAGAAGACGUUCUCCUUCACACUUUAGGAUUCAGCAUUACUCGAAGGCACAGCUCACUUAUUUCUGCUGGAACAGGAGUCUUUGUAACGAAAGGUUUUGUUCCCAAAGGAGCAGUUGUAUCUAUGUAUCCUGGGACAGUCUAUGAAAAGUAUGAGCCCAUAUUUUUCCAGUCCAUUGGCAAUCCGUUUAUAUUUAGAUGCAUAGAUGGGGUGCUUAUUGAUGGGAAUGACAAGGGAAUAUCAAAAGUUAUAUACAGGUCAUGCAGCAAGAGAGAUCAGAUUGGUCCUUUGAAAAUGAGUGAUGUCUUUUGGCUUACAACUGGUCUGCAGAAUCCACUGGCAGUGGGGCAAUAUGUUAACAAUUGCUCACCUGAUAAAGCAGCCAAUGUAUGCUAUCAGGAAUUUGACGUACCUGAAAAUUUUCCUAUAGAAUUUAAACAGUAUCUUCCAAACAUAAACUACUGUCAUGAGAUACGGAGGCCCCUGAGAUGUGUCGUUCUGAUUGCUCUCCAAGACAUUGGACCAGGAGAAGAGCUUUUCUCAAACUAUUACACAAUUAUCAACUGAGCCUGAGGAGCCACAGAUUGACCAGUUUUGGACUCCUGAGACAUCCGUUUGGUGGAAUUGCACUCCCUGCAACUCUUGAUCCGCCCAGACAUGGGAAGACGUUCCUGCAUAAGUACUAGUUGACAUGAACAAGUUAUGCAGUUGAGCAGGGCCUGCACUAGAGAAUUUCCAAGUGGAUUGGCACCCAUACUUUGUACUUUCCACGCUUGGGAUUCCCAAAAACUUUUAUACAGAUGCAUACUGCCUCUAAUGGAACAUAGACAUUGAUGGCCUUCUCCUCCAUGAACUUGUAUGAUUUUUUUAAAGCCAGUCAUGUUGGGAGCCAUUGCUGCAUUUUACAAAAACUAAUUUCAUAGUGUAACUAGGUGCUGUGCACUUUAUUCUAUCCAUCCUGAAUCUUCCAACAUUCAGAUUCAUCGGAUGGCCCCAAAUUUUAGAAUUAGUGGAAGAGAAACCCCUCUAUGCAAUCAGAAUGUAGUCUUGUUCUUGUCUGAAAAUAUAAAUCUGGUUCUUUAUGGAUUAGAAUCUGAACAUCUGAAAACUCCUUUUAAAAUAACCCUGUGUGUUCAAAUAUACUAAAGUGACAAAUGUUGCAGAGGCAUGAAAACUGUCACAAAAGAAAAAGGGUUUCCAGACAUUUAUUUCUGGAACUGUACACCAGGUAUUAAAGUACAACAAAUACAAAAUAAUGUUCAAAAAAAUCAGUGUUUAUGUACAAAUAUUAAAACCAAUGCAACAAUAGCAACUUCCUCUUGGGCAUCCAAUACUAAAACUGGUUGCGAUUGUCACUAAAUUUAUUUUGCUAUGCACAGGGGAUUCCAAACUGAAUCUAGGAAUGACUGGAAUUACUGGUUGCUUCAGGAAGGACUGCAGACCUUAACUGUUAGCAAAAAAAAACUACUGAGAAGUUUUCCCGCUCACAUGGAAAAAUCAUAACCAUGAUACUAUGUAAAUUCAGUUUCUCAUUUAUAGACAAUGUGCUUUUAACACUGGGCAAACAGUCUUCUAUUGGUCAGUUUAUCCACUAGUUUACAUUCAAACUUGAAAUACCCACUAAAGACUUUGGUUAAAAUUAAACUGUAUUUCUAAUACACUAUUGGAUCUGAAAUUAA